AGCGCCGAGAAGGCGGGCGCCGUGCCUGCUGAUGGUGCGGUUUCAUUCCCCACCCUCCACAUGGUGCUGAAAAGGAUAGUGCAAAGUCCGUGGCUCAGUCUGCGGGAAAGAUGGCUUUGCAAGAGCGAAAGGGGGCUCCCGAUCCCGAUCCCUCCUCUUCCUCCCCGUCGCAACUCUUCACCUGGGACGAGAUAAAGCUCCGAACGGGCAGGGGGCAGGAGCGAUGGCUGGUGAUUGAGAGGAAAGUCUACGACAUCAGCCGCUUCCACAAGAGGCACCCGGGGGGCUCCCGCGUGAUCAGCCACUACGCGGGGCAGGACGCCACGGAUCCUUUUACAGCAUUUCACGUUGACAAGACUCUGGUAAGGAAGCACAUGAAAUCACUUCUGAUUGGGGAACUGGCGCCCAAUCAACCCAGCUUUGAACACAACAAAAAUAAAUUGCUAGUAGAAGAUUUCCGAGAGUUGCGGACUAAUGCCGACAAGCUGGGACUCUUCAAGCCAAGACCACUCUUCUUUUUACUGAUGCUUUUGCACAUCCUAUUGCUGGAUGCUGCAGGGUGCUUUCUCUUGUGGUACUUUGGGACAUCACUUCCGUCUUUCCUUAUUGCCACAAUGCUGCUGACCAUUGCUCAGUCUCAGUCAGGUUGGUUGCAGCACGACCUGGGGCACCUUUCAGUCUUCAGCAAUCCGAAAUGGAACCACAUUUUUCAUGAGUAUGUGAUGUGCCAUCUAAAAGGGGUUUCCACUACCUGGUGGUCUUUUCACCAUUCCCAACAUCAUGCCAAACCCAACUGUUUCAUGAAGGACCCAGAUAUUGACAUUCAUCCCACAAUUUUUUCUUUAGGAAAACCUCUCUCUUCAGAGCUAGGCCUGCAGAAGAAGAAGUACAUGCCUUACAAUUAUCAGCACAAGUACUUUUUCAUAACCCUGCCCUUUAUCACAGUGCCAAUGUUUAAAGCUUACUCGCUGUAUUUCAUGGUUCACCGCAAACUAUGGAGGGAAUUGGCAUGUAGCAUGACAUAUUUUGUCCGAUUCUUUAUUGUCUUUGGGCCCAUAUUUGGAACGAAGGGCGUUUUUGGAUACCUUUUGCUGAUCAACGUAUUGGAGAGUAUCAUAUUUACAUGGAUAACCCAAAUGAACCAUAUUCCAAUGUACAUUGAUCAUGAUAAGAAUAUGGACUGGUUCUCUACCCAGCUUCAAGCAACGUGCAAUGUGAACCAAUCGUUUUUCAAUGACUGGGUAACAGGGCACCUGAAUUUUCAAAUUGAACACCACCUUUUCCCUACAAUGCCUCGACACAACUUCUGGAAGGUGGCUCCUUUGGUAAAGUCUAUGUGUGCCAAACAUGGUAUUGACUAUCAAUCCAAGCCGCUUUUUGCUGGCUUUGCAGAUGUUGUGCAUUCCUUGAAGGAUUCAGGGGAGACCUGGCUGAAAGCAUAUAAUAAUGGAUAAGAACUAUGCACUCCAAAAGUGAUCAUGAUGAAGAUGCAGCAAAUUGGAUUGAGAUGGGCCUGGCCUGGCUUACUGGAAUAGGAAAUCUGAGGUUGGCCACAGGAUGGACAGGAUGGGACUUUGCUCUGGUCAUGAGGGGUGGGGGUUCCUUCUUUCUUAUGAUACAUAACUUUUCUAUGAAUAUGAAAAUUGCAAGGUGACAUUUCCUGAUUUCCCUUUCUGUAGAUUGGGUAGCCAGAUUUCUUGGCAUUGUUCUUUACAUUGAUCACAGAGGCUUUAAGCCCAUGGGGCCUGCAUCUUUUCUUUCUGCUUAUAAAUCUCUUACUGUGGCCAUGGAAAUGAACCCUAUCGCUCUUACUGUGGGGAGUGGGGGACAGACACUACACAGAUUCUUUCUAAUGUGGUGGCAAGAACUAAAGAGAUCUACUAAUGGGAAAUGGAAAAAGAAAGCUGGAAAUAAAGAAAUCCCGUUUGGGUUUAGGGACAAGCCUAGAGAAAAUAAACACAAAAGAAGAGCAUGUGGGACAGUCCGUGAGGAGCAAACCACUGAGAAACCAAGCAGGAACAGAGAAAUUGGACCAUGUUGUAUGGUGAGUGGGGCUUGCACUCGGAACAGACAAUGUGAUGCACCAGGGGUGCCUGCGGGGGCCAGUGUACUGCCGUUGUGCUCCUAUGGAACCCAUGGAAGGUCUCAGUAAAUAUACAUUCAAGAAUCCAGAAUGUGCAAGAAACUG